CUUUGUUUGUGCCUUUCACUUUCUUCAACAGCGAACUGCUAUGCCUGUCGCGGGCCCUUCCAGACGUCGCAGACGUGACCCAUCCUCGGACGGCAUCGAGGAGGCCGCCCCUACCCAGCGCACGGACGACGUCGUGAACGACGAUGAAGAGGCGCCACCGCGGCGCGGCAUGAAAGCCGUCAAGGCUGAGAAGCAGAAGGCGAAGGAAAAGCAGAAGGCGGCGCAGCAGGAGGCUGCAGGCGACGGCGACGAGGACGACGCGGACGUCGACCCGCUCGCGAACUUUGGCGACCAGCCACUCGACAAGGCGCAGGCGCAGAAGAUCCACGGGUACUCCCAAGACUGGGACAUGAUACGCAAAACUCGGCACGUCCAGUUCUAUGGGCUGGUGAAGGACGUCGCGACCACCUUUGCUGAGUUCGCGGAGGGAGACAAGGGAGAGAAGAUGAUGACACAGAUGGAUAAACUCAUGCGCGAGCUCAUGGAUACGGAUGCGGAGCUGGUGUAUCACAACAAAGUGCUGCACGACCUGCACCAGCAAGUCGUGCGAGGUGAAGAAAUUACCAACGUCGUAGAUAGAUACCAGGAGGGGGUCCAGACCAAGCUCAAUGAGUAUCAGAAGAAGACAAGUCGCCAGAAGUACGCAAGGACAGACGAAUAUGCGUCUUACAAGCAAGCGAUCUUUGAAGUGCAGAAUCCUGGAACUGCGAUGCCGCCUAUGACAGAUCUGAUACCUCGAGAUGAGGAUGACGUCCAAGUCGGAGGUGUCACGCAGGAUUACAAGUGUCCGCUGACGCUGACUAUCCUAGUCGACCCGCUAACCUCGCGAGUCUGCAGCCACUCAUACUCCGCGACCUCCAUCCGAGAGUACCUAGGCGUGCGGGGCGGCCGCAAGAAAUGCCCUGCGCUGGGCGACCUGUCGCCGAACAAAGAGCUCGCGAAGAAGGCGAAGGAUGCGGCGCGGCGCGAGCGCAUGCGAGAAGAAGACAGCGAUGAUGAGGGCGAGGUCAUCGAGUGAGGUGACCAGGGGCCCAUCCGGCUUCUUGACGAGGUGUUUUGCAUGUAAUCUAUGUCUGAUAAUGUACCUUAGCUGCUGCUUGGUGUAAUGGGUACGCUCCCAGCGUACUAAGUACGCCGACGCUUGGUAUCCGGUCGGGCUCGUGCUGCGCCCGAGACUUGCCAGAUAGUAAACCCCUUCAGCUUCAGGUCUUUGAAGUGGGCGUGCCUUGACCGUAUCAGAGACGAGUUUGUGACAAGUCCUGACGAAUAUAUCUUUGCUGCGAACUGACCGGUCGGCGACGUUGCUGUUGUCCGGAACCGAGGAGAAGACAUUU